UUCGUAAACAUAAGAGAAUCCGAGAAAGAAACGCAUACAAUUACGUUUCGGUUUCGGGUUUUUCUUCCCGUUUCGACGGUUUAAAUAAAACCCACAGCGAACAAUUUCGGCACUUUACCCUCUCUCUCUCUCGAGCAGAGAAUCGGCCAUGGCUGAGCACGAGAGCUCCGAAGCUCUCGAAGUGGAAAACGUAAAGCGAAACGAAGAAGAGGAUGAGGAGGAAGAAGAAGAAGAAGAGGAGGAUGAGGUAGUAGGCGAUGAAGGUGACGAGGAGAGAGACCGCGAAUUGCGAGACGGCGAAUUGCAGAGCUCAGAACCGAACUCCAAAGACUCUCGAUUGGAAACCCUAGCUUUGCCUUCUUCACUGGAGUCGUUAGAGAAGGAUCAGUGUACUGAUGUGCAGAUGAAUUGUACGUCCAAGAGGAACACUGGAGCUCAAUCCAAAGAGCAAGUUGAGGUACUUAAUGAAGAAAAUCAGGCUGUCUCAAUCGGCCAAGAUGCUGAAGCUCCUACAGAAAGGCAGUUAAUAGUGUGUGGACGUUUGUCCGACGAGCUAUCACCAACAUCUGUUACCCAAUCUAUUUCAUCUGCACCAAGUCCAACUCCACUACAGAAACUAUCACCAUUAAAGGAAAAGGAUCUUCGUAAGACAGAGGCAGACCUGAAAAACUCUUCAUCCCUUAAAACUCUAUCUCCUAUUUCUGUCUUAAAGAUCCCUUCUUCUGAUGGUUAUAACUGGCGGAAAUAUGGUCAGAAGCAAGUAAAGAGUCCUGAAGGUUCUCGAAGCUAUUACAAAUGCACACAUUCAGAGUGCUAUGCUAAAAAGAUUGAAUGUUGUGAUCACUCAGGCUCUGUGACAGAAAUUGUAUACAAAAGCCAGCAUUCUCAUGAUCCUCCUAAAAAGAGCAACAGUGCAAGGGAAGCUAAGGCUUCAUCCACUGAGCGUAUUUCUGGAACUAAAGUUUCAAAACAGCCGUGUAGAGUCCCUAAAGAUGCAGAUCCAUCCACAUCUGCAAAAGAAAGUAUACAUGAAACACCUCCGUUUUCUGAAAGAAAACGGCAGAACUCAAUCAACUCUGAUGAGAAUGGUGAAGUUAUGGUCAAGGAGGAGCAUGCCAAUGAACCAGAGACAAAACGAAGAUUGAAGAAAAGUCACUUGGAAUAUUCAGGGCCUCUCUUGAAACCUAGCAAGAAGCCUAAAUUCGUCGUGCAUGCAGCUGGCGAUGUUGGAAUUUCAGGUGAUGGAUACAGGUGGCGGAAAUAUGGGCAGAAAAUGGUGAAGGGAAAUCCUCACCCGAGAAACUACUAUAGAUGCACUUCUGCUGGCUGUCCUGUAAGAAAGCAUAUCGAGACGGCAGUAGACAACAUGAACGCCGUCAUUAUAACCUACAAGGGCAUACAUGACCACGACAUGCCAGUACCGAAAAAGCGACAUGGCCUUCCAAGUGCUCCUCUAGUUGCCGCCGCUGCUCCUGCUUCCAUGAACAAUACGCAGGUCAAGAAAUCCGAGACCAUUCAAAAGCAAGUCUCUUCAACCCAAUGGUCAGUGGACAAUGAGGGGGAGUUGACUGGUGAAGCCUUGGACCUUGGGGGCGAGAAGGCAAUGGAAUCAGCUCGAACUUUGUUGAGCAUAGGAUUUGAAAUUAAACCUUGUUGAGAGCUUCCCCCUUCUGGCCCAAGGAAUAAUAUUAGAGAACUAUUGAGGUUUGUAUACAUAAAGUUAUCAGAUUGUCAGAGUUGUUUUUCCUUUUCUUUUUUGUUUUUCUUCUUUUUUUUCACAUUUCCAGUUUCUUUUUAUCUAUUGCUUUCUUUCUUUGGCUGCAGUCUAUCAGUCCACAGUUGUGCAUAUUCGGUAAUGUACACUUUAGGCUACUUGUUUGGGAUAGGAUAAUUUAAUGGGUAAUUAUUGAAUCCGAUUGCAAGGCUUCGUUUCA